GAUGGUCGCACAAGAAUGUGAUAGAGGCUCUACGGCCGCCAUUUUCUUCCUUUCUUAGCGGUUAACCGAGAGGGAAGCCUCCGCGAGGAAGCGGCAGCGGCGGCUGUAGCGUGGGCAUGGCCGACUACUCAACGGUGCCUCCGCCCUCGUCUGGCUCAGCCGGCGGCGGCGGCGGAGGCGUUAAUGAUGCUUUCAAAGAUGCCCUGCAGAGAGCCCGGCAGAUUGCAGCAAAAAUUGGGGGUGAUGCUGGUACAUCAUUGAAUUCAAAUGACUAUGGUUAUGGGGGACAAAAGAGACCCUUAGAAGAUGGAGAUGGCUCUUGGACAAAUCCGAGCAGUACAACACACUGGGAGGGAAUGCCCUCUCCUUUUAAAGAUCAACCAGAUGCAAAGAAAGUUGCUCCCCAAAAUGACUCUUUUGGAGCACAGUUACCUCCGAUGCAUCAGCAGCAAAGCAGAUCUGUAAUGACAGAAGAAUACAAAGUUCCAGAUGGAAUGGUUGGAUUUAUAAUUGGCAGAGGAGGAGAACAGAUUUCACGCAUACAGCAGGAAUCUGGAUGCAAAAUACAGAUAGCUCCUGAUAGUGGUGGCCUUCCAGAAAGGUCUUGUAUGCUAACUGGAACACCUGAAUCUGUCCAAUCAGCAAAAAGAUUACUGGACCAGAUUGUUGAAAAGGGAAGACCAGCACCUGGCUUUCAUCAUGGUGAUGGACCUGGAAAUGCAGUUCAGGAAAUCAUGAUUCCAGCCAGCAAGGCAGGACUCGUUAUUGGAAAGGGGGGAGAGACUAUUAAACAGCUUCAGGAACGGGCUGGUGUUAAAAUGGUUAUGAUUCAAGAUGGGCCUCAAAAUACUGGUGCUGAUAAACCUCUUAGGAUUACGGGUGACCCAUACAAAGUUCAGCAAGCCAAGGAGAUGGUAUUAGAAUUAAUUCGUGAUCAAGGUGGUUUCAGAGAAGUGCGGAAUGAGUAUGGCUCAAGAAUAGGAGGAAAUGAAGGGAUAGAUGUCCCAAUUCCAAGAUUUGCUGUUGGCAUCGUAAUAGGAAGAAAUGGAGAAAUGAUCAAAAAAAUACAAAAUGAUGCUGGUGUUCGAAUUCAGUUUAAGCCAGAUGAUGGAACAACACCUGAUAGGAUAGCACAGGUCACAGGACCUCCAGACCGAUGUCAGCAUGCCGCAGAGAUUAUCACAGACCUUCUGCGGAGUGUUCAGGCUGGUAAUCCUGGUGGACCUGGACCUGGUGGGCGAGGACGAGGUAGAGGUCAAGGCAACUGGAAUAUGGGACCACCUGGUGGACUACAGGAAUUUAAUUUCAUUGUGCCAACUGGGAAAACUGGAUUGAUAAUUGGAAAAGGAGGUGAAACCAUAAAAAGCAUAAGCCAGCAGUCUGGUGCGAGAAUAGAGCUUCAGAGAAAUCCUCCUCCUAACGCAGAUCCUAAUAUGAAGUUAUUUACAAUUCGUGGCACUCCACAGCAAAUAGACUAUGCUCGGCAACUCAUAGAAGAGAAGAUUGGGGGCCCAGUAAAUCCUUUAGGGCCACCUGUACCCCAUGGACCCCAUGGGGUUCCAGGUCCUCAUGGGCCUCCUGGGCCUCCAGGGCCUGGAACUCCAAUGGGACCAUACAACCCUGCACCUUACAAUCCAGGACCACCUGGUCCAGCUCCUCAUGGUCCUCCAGCCCCAUAUGCUCCCCAGGGAUGGGGAAAUGCAUAUCCACAUUGGCAGCAACAGGCUCCUCCUGACCCAGCUAAGGCAGGAACGGAUCCAAAUUCAGCAGCUUGGGCUGCUUAUUAUGCCCACUAUUACCAACAGCAGGCACAGCCCCCACCUGCAGCUCCUGCAGGUGCACCAACCACAACCCAAACGAACGGUCAAGGUAACUACGGAGAUCAGCAGAAUCCAGCUCCAGCUGGACAGGUUGAUUAUACAAAGGCUUGGGAAGAGUACUACAAGAAAAUGGGUCAAGCAGUUCCUGCUCCUACUGGGGCCCCACCAGGUGGGCAGCCAGAUUAUAGUGCAGCCUGGGCUGAAUACUAUAGACAACAAGCAGCAUACUAUGCCCAGACAAGUCCCCAAGGAAUGCCGCAGCAUCCUCCAGCACCUCAGGGCCAAUAAUAAGAAGUGGACAAUACAGUAUUUGCUUCAUUGUGUGGGGGAAAAAAACCUUUGUUAAAUAUAUGGAUGCAGACGACUUGAUGAAGAUCUUAAUUUUGCUUUUGGUUUAAAGUAGUGUUUUCCCCCCCUUUUUUUAUUUUGAAAAUGUACAAAAUAUCUAUCACUACUGAUAGGAGGUUAAUAUUUCUGUGUAGAAAUGAAAACUGGUUUGUUUUUAGUCUUUAGUGUAGAUGUACACAUUCCAGCAAAUGUAUUUGCAACUAUUAUGUGGUCAAUGCUUUGUGAUAUAAAUGUACUUUUUCAAUGUAUACUUUCACUUUUAAAAUGCCUGUUUUGUGCUUUACAAUAAAUGAUAUGAAACCUCCUGUGUCGGUAAGUUGGAUAUGUGGGUAAAGGAUUCAUAAUUUCUUAGCAGUGAUAAAUUAAGAUACAUAUACACAACUAUAUAAGCUUUCCCCGUGAAUUACUGAGUUUUUAAACACUGGCAUGAUGUUUUUCCCCUUGCAGUAUAGUGGUAGAUUGGAGGAUCUUUUCUGUUGUAUUUGGCUAUUUCAGCACAAGUAAUCCUGAUAUCUUCAUUUUUUCCUUCUAUUUGAUUAAAAACUGCAUGUAUAUACAAUGAUAUUUAGUAUACUUCCAUUGCAUUAACAGUGAAAUUUCCUUUUAUAUGUGAGCACUGUUUAUAUCUGAGACCUGUACUGCUGCUACAACAGUUAACCUUUCUGUUUUCCACUUAUUUCCAAGACUGUUUCAGCAUAACUAAUUUUGAACAGUUUUCAGACAGUGAUUUGAGUAGUUUAUAAGAAACUUUUUGUUUUCCAUGUAAAGCAACUCUUUCAAUGUAUAUAAUAGUGUGUUUCUUUCUAAAUUUAGGGUAGAAAAGUAAAUAGUAUGCAAAAAUAUAGCUACAUUGCAUCUGCCAUUGAAACAUCUGGGGUAUGAAAACGUUCCAGCUUUUUUCAUUUUGCAUUAUAGAUAAGCCUUGUCUUGUAAUUGCACAAGUCCAGCAGUCAUUGAAUCAAAUUAAUUUUUUGUGUACUUGAAUCAUUUUAUUACUCUUAACAUUCAUGCUGAAGUUCUGGUAUUGUUGAAAACCAUUGUUUUAUUCUGCAUAUUUGUUGGCUCUUUGCAUAUUAAUAUAUUAGACUACAUGCAAAUACAGUCUGUCUUGCCAUUGUCUGUUGAAGUGCAGGUUUGAUCCAGCCAGUAUAGGACUAGCUCUGUAGGGGUGAGGAGGACUGUGCUGUGUAUCAUCCUUGAUUGUGUUCCUUCAAGGAGCAUUGCACUGUAAGUACAUCAGAAUGACAAAUUGAUGAACUGCAACAGUCUCUUUGUCGAUGUUCCACAUAAUGCAAUUGCUAUAUUUUGUGUGAAUAUUAUGUUGGAAUACAGUGCUGAUAUCAUAGGAAAACAUAACUGCCUUUUAACAGAAUAAUACAUAGUUCUGUAUUUUUUUUAAGUGAGCUUAAUGGGUAAGUAUUUUUGAUAUGCUUUAGCUAAUAGCUAAAGAAGAUUGAUCAUUAUCAAAGUUGAAUAGUAUUAUCUAUCGGUGCUCCUAAAAUGCCGAUUUUUCAGUGUAAGAUAUGCAUCUUUAAUAGUGAUAUGAAAAACUUGAAAUGUGUAAGACAGUGUUUUUCAGAUUGCAAAUUAUAAGCAAUGUAGCGCUUAGCAUCUUUUCAUAAAUAUGUUUUAUCUGUGGUGAGCACCAUGUGUUUUGCAUAUGCUUUAAAGGAAGAGGUAUGAGGACAGAAAUGUUGAAGUAAUAGGGCAGAAAACAGUACAGCUCAUUGUGGAUGUUUUGAAAUGUUCUUGAUUGUUUUAUGUAACUUUGAGUGACUUCCCUUACCCUUAUUUACAUAUGGAUACAUAGUCUAGUUUGAAGUUUACUAGUUAAGGAGUUAACUAUUAAGUGUAGGGUAUUGACAUGAACAGUUUCAGUAUUGCAUGAUGUUGUUGCAUAGAUGGAUGACCUAGGAAAGUGGUGCAUUUAGUAAUUAAACUGAAGAAAAUAGUUGAAUUCAGUAUCAUUCACAAAUUGGAGGCUGUUGAUUUUGAUUCGUUUAAAGUUUAAAAUCCUUAUUAAUUGCAAACAGUGCAAUUAUUUAUACUUCACAGUGCCUUCCCAGACCUUCCACCUUAGGUUCUGCUGCAAAAAGCAACAGGUAAGCACAACCUAAGGACAUAUAUAUAAAUAUAUCAGUACAUUAAUGUUGUCCCUGUGAGGUUUUGUGGUUGUGUACUCAAAAGCAAUCUGCUACUUCCCCAAAUGUAUUUUGUUAUUUAUGCUACCAUUCUAGUGGAAAGUCUGUUAAUUUGUUGAAGCAACUGUUUAUAAUUUUGGGUAAUGGUUUUUAUUUUAAUUUUUUUCAUUAAAAUAAAAUGAGUAGAUUGCUGCUAUAACUGGAAAACAUCCAGAUCUUUUUGUACCCAUUUUCCCCAAAUUAUAGAAGUGUUACAGUAAGAACAGUUAAAUAGUUAAGACUUAGAAAAUCUUUUGGUCAGAAAUUUCAACAGCCUUCACAGCCUGUUUGUAUAACUGACAGGACAUUUUCUUUACCCUCCAAGCCCGUGGUUUUAGUUUUGGUUUUAUUUUUUCCCUCCUUUAUUAUUACUGCUUUAAAGUAUAGUGAUUCAGUAAGAACAUUUUGGGUCAGUUUCCUAGACAGUUCUGUUUUCAUGACUUGUAUAUGCUGACAAGGAAGACUAAGGAAUACUGGCAGUAAGUUUUGAAAAAAGGCAUGUGCAUCAGUGAAAUGUUAACUGUGUCAAAUAACUUUUCAUAGUCUGCAUAUCCAAGUUUCUGAUUUAUAUUUUAAUAAAUGACGCUGCAUUUAUUCUUUUGCCAGUUUACAAUGUUUGUGUUCUUAGGAAUGAUGUUUAACUAGUACAUAUUUUGACUUAAGAUGACUGUCUUAAAACAGCACCGUUUUUAAUUCAGUUUUUAAUUCAGUUUCUAAAUGUGCUGAUCCUAUUAAAAACUCCUGCUUAUCUUUACAACAAAGAAAAAUAUUCAAAAAUACUGCCUUCAUUUUCACACACAGUGCUGAAGAUGCUGCAAGCACCAAAUCAUAGCUCAUAAUAUCAGGUCCUGAGAUAGUUACCCAUAAAGAGGAAUCCUUUGAGUGUAUGCCAUUGGUGAGCCGAUGAGCAUGGACCAUAGAAGGGCUCAAUGUAGAAGGUAAAAUUGGCAAAUCAUAAUUGAGAAAUAUGAAAUGUAUUCCCAUACAUAAUAUGGUAUAGGGUAUGAUGUACCUGCUCUUAAUCUUGAUCACUUUUCAUUUUAAAGUGUUAUUCACUUAAAUGUUCCAUGAACUGUUAAAAUUAUAUAGUUGUUACACACACACUGUGUGUGUGUGUGUGUGUGUGAGAGAGAGAGAGAGGGAGAGAGAGGAGAGAGAGAGAGAGAGAGAGAGAGAGAGAGAGAGAGAGAGAGAGAGAGGAGAGAGGUUGGGUCAGUAUCUCUUUAGAGCCUGUGAAGUUUUGGUUAGCUGUAGUUGGCGUUUGGAAAUCUGGAUGAACGCUUAUAGAUAUUGGGGGGUUGUUUCUGUCUUGUGAGAAGUUUCAAUUCAUUAACAUAAACCUUCACUGGUUUAAAGCAUUUUGAAUAGCACCAAACUUGUAAGUAAACUUGAAAGCAGAAGAGGUGCCAGUUGAUUUGAAUUCAGCAGAUUUUUAAGGUAGAAAUUUGAAUGGUUUAGCUUGAAAUUAAACUCAUAUUUGAACAAGUUUACAGAUUUUUUUUAAUGACAUACAUGUUAGUGGAGUGAUAACUUAGUGUUCAUUGCUUUGAUGUUUGUUUCAGAAAUGUAUACUUGUUUUUUAGUAAUGAGAAUCAUUUUAAUAUUAAAACUAGUAAUUUGAUACUAAUUAUAAAGUGUAUUAAACAAAUAUCUUGGUAGUUAAUUCAUUAAAGUCGGUUUAGAUAGGAAUAGCAAGUGCUUCCCUAAGUUUUCAUUCACUUUUGAAUGCUUUGCCAAUACAACCAGUUCUUCCUAAAAAUAGUUAACAUGUUGUCUAGAAUGUUGAUGUAGAAUUAACUGAUCACUGGAGAUGUCUUUUUUUUUUUUUUUUUUUUUUUGCAAAUUCUGCCUGGCGUUAAAAUGCAUUUUCAUAAUACUUAGAUAAUUUGACCGAAAAUGACCCUGCUUUUUGUUUGAUCAAUCAAAUUUUUUUAAAAUGAUGGCUUUAAAAAAAGCAACUGCCAGGGCUUUAGUUUCUUGAAUGAUACCCUAAAGAAACUCUUAAUGUAUUUGCAAAUAUAUAUAUAUUUUCUUAUGCAUGCUCGAUGCAUUUUCGUCCUGAGAAAAGUGUUCUCUACAGAAACUACCCGUGUGUUAAAAGAAGAUUGGCUUAAAAUGGCUACUGUGAUGGGAACAGUGUCUUAGGGAGAUGCAGCUUGGACUGGAGGUAAAUUGAAUACUUUACAAACUGGUUUAGAGUUUUGCUUUAUUGACAUUGUAUGUAAAGGGCAUUGGAUUGUUGUGAUUUUGUAUUCUUUCUGGUUUUCUUAAUUUAAAACAAUAAAUGUACAGUGAUGACUUA